UUAGUCGACGAAUUGGUCGAUAGUAUAACUACGAUCCGCACGAACACGCUCUUCUCAGACGACUACCACAAAUCAUGCCAUACACGAACUCGUACACACCGCCUCCGCUUCCGCCGCCAAUUCCAGACUCUGAGCUGCUCGGUCCUGAGCCCUAUGACCUCAACUGGGUCUUUCCUAUCUACCCAGAAAGCCUCGAAAACGAGCGUGUGAAGCUCGUGCCGCUUAUUCCACGUGAGCACGGAGAGCAAUUCUACUCCGAGACUACAAAGGACCCACUCUUUUUUCGCUACUACUCCAUCGUGUGGCACAACUUGCGAGAAUGGCUUACAUGGGCCGAAUGCUACAUGCGACGCAACCCCGCGAACAUCUUAUUCGCUAUCAUCGACAAGACCCGACCGGACGAUAGCCACCCGCACUGGGGCGGUCGCCUCGCAGGCGCGCUCGGGUUCCUUGACGCGAACGCAAAGGAGCUCAGCGCGGAGAUCGCUUACGUCGCUAUUCUACCCGCUUUCCGGCGCACGCAUGUCGCGAGCAACGCCAUCGGCAUCCUCAUGCGCUACUGCCUCGAGCUCCCGACCGCGAGUCCACCCGGACUUGGCCUCCGCCGCGUGCUGUGGCGUGCGCACCACGAGAAUCUGCCGAGUGCGCGCCUUGCGGAGCGGAUGGGCUUCAAGCGAGAGGGGCUGUUACGUUGGAUGUGGACUGUCGCUGAGGAGCGUGCGCUGGACGGAAUUAAGCCGCGUGAGGGAGACAGCCGGCCAAAGAACUAUGGGCGGCACACAAUCAUGCUGGCAACGUGCUGGGACGAUUGGGAAGGCGGGGUCAGAGAGAUUGUACAGAAGCAGAUGGCUAGGCAGGCGUGAAGGAGACUAAGCAUGUUUGCGAGGAGAUAAACUCGCGCGACAUAACGGGCAGGCCUUCUCGCUCUCGUCUGUAUUCCGCACGAAUCAAGUUGAUCUGAUCAUUCAUCUCAAAACACUGUGGUGCCUGCUAAACUUAUGCCCUGACGACAAGCCAGGGACGACACGCAAACUUCUUUCAACACCGUCCACGCCGACGUGGCU